CCGCCGCCUGACUCAUCCCGGCUCCGUGCUGCCGGGAUGGAAAUAUCUCAUUCAUUGCCGUAGUAACGGAGUGGCUUACGAUGCGCUCCCGCGGAGCCGCGCGGCUGCUCCGGCCCCGCUUUGUGGUGCUGCGUGUGCCCGCGGGCCGAGGGGAUGGUGGGGGGCGAUAGGAAGAGCGUUCCUCGCCCGUUGUAAAGCUGUGCCGUAGUGGUUUGGAGCGGUGGCUGGCAGCCCUGAAAACAGAAGCUUUCUGGUGGAUAGCCCGCACGGGUCUUGGUUUUCUUCCUAAAAGACGGUCAAACGUUUCGCCUAAAAUGCUCACUUAAUUACGGCUCCUUCUAAGGUCACCUAAAGCCGCCGCCCAGAUACGCGGCCAUCGUGCUUUCCAGUGCUACCAUCCAUUACGUGACUCUGGGGACCGGUAAUGGAUGCAGCAUUGAUUCAUCUCCAGUUGGGAUCGACGUGUUUGGACUCAGUAGUUCUCAGCUUCUUGAAAGCAAUCUCUUAGUCAUUAGUACUCUCAGAAAAGUAGGCCGAGGAGUUUGUCUAGCAGCCAGCCCGCAGCCAGGUGCCCUGCCUGCCAGGGGAGGUGUUUGGGAGGCAAACCGCUGCAGGGUUGGACCAGUCCGCGCACGCACCUCAUCCCAAUCCCCUGCUCAGCCCUUCUGGUGAGGUGGCGGAGCGCUGGGUGGUUUCCAUGAAGUUGGCACGGGGUGUGGAUUUGUAGCUGCACGUCCUGCAGGCAGCUCCUCACAGUUGGGUACAUCUGAAAAGGAACUCCCGUGUAAAUGUGAGGCUGCGAGUUAGAGACACGUGUUGCCAACUGGGAAAGCUGAGAGCAGUUACCUGGUACAGAGAGAUAGACCAAACCUGUGAGCUUCCUUAAAGUGAUUUGAACUCCAGUGCUGCAGGUUUGUUGCCUCUCGAAAUCUCAGUGUCUGUGCUUGGCUGAGCAGUUGCUGAGGCUGUGUGUACUUUGAAAUAAUUCCCCACCAGCAGGAAGUGUUCUGAGGUGAGAUUGUAGCUGGUAAGUGAAGCUUGACAACUUGCUUUGAGUCUUGGAAUGACUGCUUUUGAGCAAGACUUAGAUACUGUCGUGACAGGGGCCUUGUUCUUAAAAAUAAGGCAGUCUGUACUGUGCUCUUAGUUCUGGACCUGUUUUUAGCAUGUUACACAGAAAUUGGUUGAGGUAUUGAUCAACUGCUAUUUUUAUAAGCAUACAGCAAAAUAGUUUGCAAGGCUGCAGCUCCACAUGCAUGUGGCACGUCUGUGAUGUGCAACAGUUAGGUGUGCAGCAGGCCUCAGUGGCAACUGCUGAGUUGUUCCACUGUGCAGUAUUGCUGCGUUUUGGCAUUUGAAUGGUGUGUAGCAAAUGCAGCUGGAGGCACACUGGGAUUUUUCAGGGGAGGACUGAAAUAUGGCUGAGUCCCCUCUCUAAGGGAUUAUGUUGACUGUAUUCGUGGGUAGAUUUGCAUCGCCCUUUAACUAACAUGUAACUCUUCUGUGGAUUAGGAUGUGACAGAUUGCUUGAGGAAAUGCCAGUCUGGCUAGGACUGCCGUGUUCAGUGUUCAGUAACCCAGAGAAAAGCCUACGUGCCCAAUAAGAGCACAAACACAUUGCAAGCCAACCCGAUGGCGUCCUCUACUGCUGUGCCUGUAGGAUUUCACUAUGAAACAAAAUACGUAGUUCUCAGCUACCUGGGGCUUUUAUCACAAGAAAAGCCACAGGAGCAUCCUUCUGCUUCAACUCAAGGGACUCAACAACAGCUUAUGGCACAACAUGCUUCAGAGAAAGAGGCUUUGGAAAAGAUUAAAAUAGAAAUCGAGGAGGAGCUAAAACAUCUUGAUGAAGAGAUCUUGGAAGCUUUUACUACUACAGGAUUUGACUGCCACACUUCCCCAGUGUUCAGUCCUGCCAAUCCAGAAAGCUCAAUAGAAGAUUGCCUGGCUCAUUUGGGGGAGAAAGUAUCCCAGGAAUUGAAAGAACAUCUGCACAAAGCACUAGAGAGCUUGCUUAGCAAGCCAGUAACAUAUCAAGAAUAUCGAGAGCGCACACAAGAGACAGCUGCACAUGCCAGUGGAUGGAACAAGGUCUUGGUGCCCCUGGUUCUGCUACAGCAAUUUCUGAUGGAGUUAACCAGAAGAGGCCAGGAACCACUGAGUGCACUUGUGAACUUCGGAGUGACGUAUCUAGAAGACUAUUCUGCAGACUAUAUCAUUCAACAAGGAGGUUGGGGGACGGUCUUUAGUUUGGAAUCUGAAGAGGAGGAGUACCCCAGCCUCAUCGCAGAGGACAGUAAUGAUAUCUACAUCCUGACCAGUGACAACUCAGGCCAGGUGAGCCCCCCAGAGUCCCCGACGGUGACCACGUCGUGGCAGUCGGAGAGCCUGCCUGUCUCCCUGUCAGCAAGUCAGAGCUGGCACACAGAGAGCCUGCCCGUCUCCCUGGGGCCAGAGUCCUGGCAGCAAGUGGCCAUGGAUCCUGAAGAAGUCAAGAGCCUGGAUAGCAACGGCGGGGCUGAAGAAAGGAGCGAGAACAACUCUUCCAACUCCGACAUCGUUCACGUGGAGAAGGAAGAGAUACCAGAGGGGAUUGAGGAAGCAGUGGUGUCAGCGGUCGCUGCAGAGACCGUGCAGGCAGCGUUUCCAGAAACCCCUGCUUCUUUACAGGAAGUAAAACCUCAAGCUGAAAUUGUUGCCGUAGAAAAAGCACAUCCCUCUGCACGUCGUACAAAACAGGAGAAGGGAAAAGUGACCGAAGAGCUUGUUGAACCUGAGAUCCCCGUGUUAAGUAAACCUGUCCCAAAGUUAACCCCAUCGGAAGAAAAGGCUGCACCAGAACCUGAGAAAAUACUGCUUCCAGGGGAAAAAAAAGUGGGGAAAGAGGGCCCUUUGGAAGAAAUAGAAGAGAAAUCCUCCACUGCAGAGGAGAAGCCUAUCUUAUUGCCAGAAGGGAAAUCGAUAUUGCUGUAUGGUGGGGCUGCUGCGGUAGCCAUAUUGGCUGUGGCAGUCGGAGUAGCGCUGGCGCUUAGGAAAAAGUAACAGAGCUCUCUUGAGGAGGAGGAGGGAGAGAGAGAAGCGAGCGCAAUCCAAUUGUUGUAGUUGUGUUACCUAAAGGUUGAGCUGCCUGCUGUGUAAUUGGACAUUUGAGUAAUGGUGACGGGGUGAGGUCAUUCAAUAAGCCUCCAGCUAUGGACAAUCAUGUUUUUAGUAGAAUUGGGGCGGGGACUGGUUUUUCCUGAUUAAAGUACAGGGGUAUUUUUAAAAAAAAACAAAACAACACAAAUAAUAAUAAAUUCUGCAAAUGUGAGAACUUAAGUGCAGGUGCUGAAGAACGGGGUGCUCGUACUCGAGGAACUGGAACAGAGAAUCCCUGGGGAAGGGUAGAGCCAGCUGCUGCCAACCCCUGGAGUUUUUGGCUUCUCCGAGCGACUGCUGCUGCAGCUGUGCUGUCCUGUCACUUCCUGCGCUUCCCAAGCCCUUCCUAGCCCAAGUCCUGCAGCGAGAGGCUGGUCUCCUUCUGGCUCAGCUUCCUCUCAGGUACUGCACUGCUCCUUGUAACCUCGCAGGUUCCUCUUAAACCCCAGCGGGAGAGUGCUUCUUCUUACCUCUUUGCUCCCACCCGUUCUGGCCCUUAACAGUUUCUGAAGCCUCCAUACAGAUGCUGUGUCUCUGUAGCGGUACUCGCUCUGAGCACCCCGUGUUCUGCAGGGAGAGGUGCACACAGCACCUGCUGCUGUGGGGCAGGGUGGGAGGGCUGCUGCGCUUGGCUGGUCUGGGAAUCCAUUUGCCGUGUUCCUGCCCACCUCACUGCCACCCUUCAGAUAGUGGAGUUGCACAGCUUACGCUGGACACGGUGCCAUUUGGUAAGCGCUUGGAUACCAGAGUGUAUUCAGCAAAGGUGUGGCAAAACUGUGUGCAAGGAAGGCCAAUGCCUCCUGUGAGAUUCACAGGUUCAACGCUCUUCUGUCCUGUGUCAUGCUGCAGUCUGUAUUGUCUUUCACAGGUUAAGCACAGGGGUAUGUAGUCCUACUGUGGUCUUGGCGACAGAAUCCCACGUAUAUAAAGCAAUGGAUUCUAGUCACUAAGCAGAACAGCAUUAAACACCUUUCCCUAUUUGCCCUUUCCCGAGCUGACCCGGAGUGUUGUGCAGUGCAGUUUCUUUUGCGACUCUGAAUGUGUAACAGUUAGGUGACAUUUGCAGGUUCACAAAUGAUGAGAAUUUAGCUGUGGAAAAAGCAAACCCCUUUUCCUGCAGACACAACACUUCAGGUGUGUGCAAGGAGAAGUCUUUAAGGCGCUGCUGUACCAACAGAGCUGGCCACAAGCAUUCCUUUUGGAGUAUGUUUGUGUUCCUCCUGCUCUGUUCUGCAGCUCUAUGUGUAAGGUCACAGAUUGUCCAGGCAGAAGUAGUGAUGCAUCUCUGAGGGCUGAUGCUGGCACCGUGGCUUAGAGCAGGUGGAGAUAGGGGAAAGGAGACUUGGGAUAAUGUAAAAAUCAAAAUGUGAGCUUACGGUAAGCUUACUCUUCAUAAAGCACAAAGACAAGGUACUUUAUCUCUAAACAACCUUAUCUAGAGUAUUUCCUGCAAUGAGCCUGUUUCUUAAGUGAUCUGAUGAUCCAGAGAUUUUUAGCAUGAUCUGUUUCAGCUUAUUGUUGGUCCCAUCCCUAUCCCACUCACGCUGGUAGGUCAAUAAGAAGCUGGCAGAGUCUGGGGAAUUCUUUGUUUAAAGUUUUUUGAGAAUGGAUUUUGUAGAAAACUUCUCAGGUUUGGAUUUGUGUGACUUUGAGUGCUGAAAGGAAGGACUGUUACAUGUGUACCUCUGCUGGGAGGGGAGCCCCAGCUCAGGAGCUGUAGAUCAGCAGUGUGUGGGUCAGAGAUGGCUUUUCUGCGUUUAAGAGGGAGCAAGCUGGCCUUAAAGUUAAAUAAAACAAAAAGCAACAACAACAAAACCCAAAACAUACUGUGUUGCAAAAUGGAAUUGACUUUGUAUGCUCCUUUUGACAUGUAAGAAUGUGUACAGUUUUGCUUCAUUUCACACCCAGCAGUGCUCAUGGAUGAAUGAUGCCAUAGGCAAGGGCAGCUGCUUGUUGCCUUGUGGCAGGGGCUGCUCUGUGGUCCCACAGGCUGGGAUGGGGUUCCCCUCUACUGCUGCUUUGCUGAUGGCUAUUGUAUCCUUGCUGUUCCCUGUGGGCAUGGGACUGCUUUAACCCCAGCUGCAUCCUCUCCUUUCUGAAGGCGAGGCAUUGACAUUGGGGAAGAUGUCCCAUCUGCAGCCACUCAGUGGGUUGUGUCCCUGGAUCUGCUCUGAAGCACAGAUGGAUGUUUUGGACAUGCUGGAUAACUUGUGUGCACGUGAGGGGGUAAAGUCAUUCUUUGGCUCUCCUCCUUUAAGUGGUUAUAUUGCUGAUAGUGCAGGAGAUGGGUGCAGGGCAGAUGACAAUACGUCUGCCAGGGAAACAUUUCUUACUGACACAAAGGGCCAAUGGAGCAUUAAAUAAGAAGUGUCUUCUCUCUUAUACAGCAGCAGCAGCAGUAAGGAAGACAAAUGCUUUGGGGAUUUUUUUAAAAGCAUUUUCAUGGUGGGAUGAAAGGCCUGAGUAUGGGGUAUUUUGCAGCAUUUAGUGGAGUGCCAGCUGCAUUUUGGUUGCUUGGCCCCUUCUUUACAUACUUCCCAUCUUUAGGGCCUUAGAGAAAUAUCUGACAAUUCAAAAAGAAUUUGUACCUUCUUCUUCCCCAGUCCCUAUAACCUAAACGUGUUUAGACAGAAAGUCUGUCGUGUGUUCCCUUUCCCUCUAGGAACACUCCAUUAGCUGGAAAGGUCGCUUACAGACUUGAAUGCUGAGCCUGUUGUGCUUGGUCAGCACUGGGGAAGUCACCAGAAGGUUGUGUAGCCUUAGCAACAGCAUUCUUAUUGAGCUGGGUGCUGGGCUCCUUUCACUAUUGCAGGUGUGAAUUAGGGAAUGGAGAGGCUUUCUCCUAUCUUCAAGCACUCUGAAGUAAUCCUUAAAAGCCUGGUCUGAUUACCUUGAACUGGUUGAGGCAACCUCUCUUUAGUGGAUCUCUUGCACUGGGCAAGGGCAAGGCAGCGGGCUAUCUACUUAUUAAAAAAAAAA